UAAGGUACCAGUGACUACUCUCUGACUCAACCUCGACCCCGAUUCCGUAAGGGUCAAGGAGUUACCAUGAUCGCAUAUAUAAAGGGAAAACUACUCCGUACCUAGGUAGUCAUUGCUUGAUUGUUUAUUCUUUUCCGUCUGCUUUCAAACUAUUCGUAUCUCUCCGUGUGCUUCGAUUAGACCAUUUGAUAAGAUUCCAUUGUUAGCUCACAAGAAGCCUUAUUCUACGUCUCGCAUCCCCCAAAACGGCACACAAACUUGAUCAUACAUACUCAACAUGUCUCCCGCAAAAUCCAUAACUGUUCUCUGUUCUCCCUAUCAUCUUGGUAUCGAAGAUGUUGCCGUUGGCGCUGGGCCAAAAGCGCUCAUCAAUGCCGGCUUCAUCGACGCAAUUCGCAACCUGGGCGUGACUGUCAACGCUCACGAGAUCGAACCUGUUGAUGACUUUGACGGUGAUAUCAGUCGCCUCUUCGAGCUUCUGCGUCGCACUUCCCUACUUGCAGCAAAUAUCACUCGCAGGGGAGAAUUCCCUAUCAUUUUGGCUGGUAACUGUUCAACCACUGUUGGUGUUCAAGCCGGUUUAACAGCUGCGCUUGGGGAAGUACCUUCUUGUGUCUGGUUUGACGCUCACGACGACUUCAACACGCCUGAUGUCCUUAAGAGUGGAUAUCUUGACUCAAUGCCUGUUGCCAUGAUGGCAGGUCUGUGCUGGAAGACUCUCUUGGCUAGUAUUCACGGAUUUGAGGCCAUGGAUCUCAAGCAAAACCUUGUGCACUGCGGUAUGCGAGAUGUGACAGACCUUGAGCGCUCUCGAGUCGAGGAGGCUGGAUUCCCCAUCAUUUGGGGAGAUAUAGAGCAGCAUGUUGACUUUGAGGGUGAACUUGGCAAGGUCCUCGAUAAGAAGAAGUUUAGUCAAACUAUGGUGCACUUGGAUCUUGACGCUCUCGAUAUUUCUGUUGGCAAUGUCAACAAGUUUUCUGCGCAUGGUGGAUUGCUGGCAGAUGAUCUGGAGAAAUGCUUCAAGAUGAUCCCUUCAAAGACGAAGCCGGUAUCGUUGACGAUUGCAUCGUUUGACCCUUCAUAUGAUGAACCGGGAACUAUCGAGCCUGUUGCUAUCAAAGGAGUCGUUGCUUUCGUCCAGGGCUUGAUUUCACAAGGGUAUCUUGAGAAAUCAUCGGAUUAAGAGUAAAGAUAGAUCGUAAAGGAAUGAGAACUUGAAUCAUGUCACAUAUCGUAUCAAGGUCAAGAUAAUAGACCUCAUAAUUAUGCAUCGUCAAGUUUCAAGUUUGCUGAGUUGUUUUAUUGUUUAUUCUGGGUCGAUCUUGAUCAAUUACACG